CUAAAUCAUUUUCAUCAUUAUUUUGUCUCGCUAUAAUCGUUCCUCCGACGGUACGUGAACGCAGCAAAAGUUCGAACAGUAUGGCGGCGGUGUGUUUGACAACACUAACAGAGCAAUGGAUACGUGACAGACUUCAGUUAAAACAUCCUUUUCUUGGUGAUGUUCGGACACUGAGUCUCCCGGGGACACAUGAGGAGAAAAUCAGGCACCUUGGAAAUGCUCUGAAUAAUUUUUGCCGUCUAAAAUCUCUGGAUUUGUCUUACAAUGCCAUCGUUUCGUUGGAGGGGGUGAAGCACUUGAAGAAGCUGGAGAGGCUGAUUCUUUACUAUAACUGCGUACCAUCCCUAGAAAAAGUACAAGUGCUGUAUGGACUUCCAGUUUUAAGGGAACUGGACCUCAGGCUAAACCCUUUGACUAAAAAUUGCCCGGGCUAUCGACCACAUCUGGUGCACGCCAUGCCCAGCCUGCGAAAACUUGAUAAUUUUCCAGUCAGAGACACGGAGCGCAAAGCUGCAAUACUUGAGUUCUCCACUCAACAUCCCUCUCUGCAGCACAGCAGCUUGUCCCUGGAUGGACAGCAGGGCCUAGGCAACGAUAUUUUGUUGAAUUUUGUUGAAGCAACUACCAGAGAUCAAGGGGAAGCUGACUCUCUUUUGGAGGAGCCUAACAGAGAAGAGCAAUAUGACUUUGUGGUGCAGAGGAGUUCAACUCCAAAGAAGGAAUUGGCCAAGUCCAUCCUUCGGUAUUCCUCCACUAAAAACUCUCUUGCUGAGUCCAAAGACUCACAGAUGAACACACUACCUCAUAAUCUAAGCUCAACAUCACCGAAAGGAGCCGAAAGACCAAAAGUGUCGUUUGGUCCUGUUUUUGAGAAACACAAAACCUUGCCUGGAAAACAAAAACAAAAUGACUCGUCCAGCCUGACCAGACACAAGGCCAGGGGUCAUUUUACCGCAAAUCCUGCUCGAAGUGACCACCGUGGCUCUUCGUUUGGUGACAUUUGCCCUCCUAGUCCGCUGCUUUCUGGUUUAAACCUCGCAGAUCACUCUAACCCCGUACUAUAUCCGGCCAGGCUGACCAACUCGGGGUUUAACAAGACGGAAGGGAGAUCCGACCCACAGCCGCAAGCUGAAAAGAAAAAAAAGGGUGGUUACCGGAAACCCCUGGAGAUGCUCCUCAAUUUGGUGGACAAACACUGGCGGGGGGAGAGAUCGCUGCAUCACAACAACAGCUUCCUGUCUCAGGCGGUGCAGAUCCUCUCCAUGAUGGAGAGCAAUAUUUCCAGUCGGGAGGCUGAGGUCAGGACCUUAAGACAGGAUGUGAAUGUGCUUCGCUUUCAAGCGCUCUCACGAGAGAACGAACACAGAACAGAAGUGUGUGACCUCUCCGCCCAGCUGGAGGAAGCUCGUAGAGAGGCGGGCAAACUGAACGAGCAGCUCAGGAUCGUGUUGGAGGAAAAUGUCGCCCUGCAAAAACAACUCAUCAAGUUAGAGCGGCAGUAUCUGAAGUCGAUGAUGAAAAGUUCACCGGUUACUCAGAUCCGAGAGGCUCAGACAGAAGUGGAGGAGCUGAGGAAAGAGAUCGAGGGCCUGCGGAUAAAAGUGCAGGAGGCCGAGAAACUCCAAGAACUGUCAAACAUGCUUCAGGAAAGCCACAGGUCCCUGGUGGCUACAAAUGAAUGUUUGCUUGCUGAGCUUCGGGCAACCGCGGAACAUUAAAGCCAUAUUGAGACACGAGAAUUGCAUAUCAAAGCAGAAUUAUGCCAAGCUUCAUAUAAGCAAUAGGUCAGCCGUGUAUCCAUCUGCUUUCUAUGCUGCCGUGGAUUGAAUGCAUCAGGACUGCAGCUGCACUGUGACUUUAUUUAUAUGUCUGCCUCGGGCCCGAAGAGCCGCUCACACACGCACACUUUCCUCCUGCAAACCUUCAUACGAGACUUGGCUGAGCGCCUUAGAAGCGAGCUGAAUGUAGCCGCUGCUUUUAUCUGGAUUUUACAGGUCACUGAGCGGAUGGUGCGACCGCUGCAGAAGCAAACCCCCGAAAAGGCCAUAAAACGGAUAUAUCUUUUCUGCUUAUUUAUUUUCAGUAAUGCAAUAUAAAUCAAGUACACACUUUUAGAGGCAUUGAGAACAAGAAAAGUAGUACACUGCAUGCACUGGGGCACAAUAGUACUUGAAAAGUUUUUUUUGUUUGUUUUUUUUUUUUAGAAAAAAACAAAUAUUUCCUCCACAUUAAAGGUGCACAAUAUUUGGCAUUAAAAACACAAAGAUACUCAAGCUAACACCAAAAAGCUGCUAGUUUUGCACUCGAUGCAUGAUUCUUCAUCAGCUGAGGCUACAGGUAGUGUGUUACACACAAUAGUGUUAUGUUGGAAAAAUACUUUACACAAAAAUUGUUGUAUGCAGUUUUCCCUUGUAUCUGGUAGAGUAUUUAAGUAAACAUUAAACCCCUGCUUUCAUCAGGUAAUUACCGUGCCUUAGAUGACAGUAGCUUACACAAAAAAGGUACAGACAAAUAGGGCAGCUUUAGAGGACAGCUUACUUUGUACAAGUACAAAUACAUACAGUCAUUGCAGGCAAAUACAAGGUUUGAUCAUGAUCCCACAGUUUCAAUACUUAAUUUUAUUUAUUUAUUUUUUUAACCAAGGAAAUACUUAGGUCUGACCAGUAGUCUGUAAUCACAUCAGGCACAGCAGUUUAGGAAAAAAAAAAAAAAACCUCUGUCAUCUAUAUGCUUCUGAAUCAAAUGCAAUAUACACAACAUGCACGAGGUACAGCAAUACAGAAAAACUAAAUACGUAAAAUUCAGUGUCUUAAAUUAGGCUAAUUGGCAGAAACAGUUUAGAGUAUAUACACAACUUUAAAGCAAAUAUAUUAGAGCUACUGUGUAUAAAUCUGAUAAGGAGAUAACAUAACUAAAACGCUGAAAAUACAAUCUUGUACAACUGAGCUUAGCCAGUGGGGGAAGAUAAUCUGCUUUAAAUGCAUGUUGGUUUGUAUAUAAUUAAAUACCAAAAGAUCAGAAGAAUAAUUAUGUUUAAAAACUGUUAUUGAAAGGGCAGGUUUUUUAUUAUGUUUCAUGAAUUAUAAAGUAGAAAAGUUGUGCCAGAUUAUAAUGCCUCUAAUUUUCUUCCCUGGUCGUAGAUGUGUAGGCUAUUUAUCAAAAUUAGAGAAGCCCAGAAAGGCCAGAUGCAUAACUUUUAAAAAAAAUUGCUUAAAGUGAGAUUUUACUCUUUCUUGUAAACAAAAAUAUGACUUAAUUUGAGAUCUUUUUGAGGGUGUAAUGUUUUUCAUCUGUCUAACCAGGAUGCAAUCACUCCCUACAAGAUAUCCUUGAAAAAAUACGCACACAAUUUAAACUUGUGUUUCCAUUAUUUAAACGGCUUGAGAAACCUCCGCAUUAUUUAGUGAGUCAAUGAAAGAAACGUAAAAACUGGACACCAGACUUCCUAAACACAGAAUUGAUAAGUGCGGGUGAAAAAAAAGCACUCAAGAUGAAAUGAGGGAUUAAAGUUCUCGAAACAAACAGCAGUUAUAUCUGUGUCAAACAGAAAGUGCGCCAGUCAUCUUUAACCCGACAUCAUUCUUUCACCAGACAGGGUAAUAGAAAUAUUUCGAAUAAAAAAAGUGCAAUUUUUUUCCCCCUUUUAAUCAAAUUGUUCUGUUUUUGUUCUUGGCACUCUGUUCAUUGUGCUUGUUGAAUAUUAAGGGGCCGUAUCAUAAGAGGCUCUAGCCGUUCCUCUCAUUGGUUCUUCUCAGUGUUUGGCAGUAACUCGCUAUCAGACAGGAAUGUACCAGCUGGUGAUGACUUCGUAAAAAUACAUGUAAACAGUUUUCCAGUUCUCACACAGAGAAUAGUUUAAAAACCAUCUUUUU